AUGAAGUGCAUUUCCAUCGCCGCUCUUGGAGCUGCACUCGCAGGCACUCUGGUGUCCGCGGUGCCUGCUGGUUUCGUUACCACCAAUGGCGAAAAGUUCUCUCUCGACGGUGAGGACUUCUUCUUUGCCGGUAGCAACGCCUAUUACUUCCCCUUCAACGUUUGGGGAAAAGAUCACUACCAGGACGUCAAGGUUGGCAUGGUCGCCGCCAAGGACGCUGGUCUGAAGGUCAUUCGAACUUGGGCGUUCCAUGAAAACAACAGGACUUUUGUGUCAGGUGGACUACCUAAGUAUAACACAGGUGGCGAAGAGACCGUUAUGCAGUUUUUCAACGCAGACGGGACUGUCGAUAUCGACCUAGGUGUUCUCGACGUCGUCAUCGAGGCUGCCGAAGCUACAGGCAUCAAGCUCAUCUUGGCAUUGACCAACAACUGGGCUGAUUACGGCGGUAUGGAUGUGUACACUGUCAACCUCGGUGGAAAGUACCACGACGAUUUCUACCGCCUACCAGCUAUUAAGAAGGCGUACAAAAACUACGUCUCGGCUGUCGUGAACAGAUACAAGGACUCCCCUGCCGUUUUCGCAUGGGAGCUUGCCAAUGAGCCCCGCUGCGGCGCUGACGGCAGCCGCAACCUCCCACGUGGCCCUGACUGCGGUCCUAAACUGCUGACAUCGUGGAUGGAUGAGAUGAGUACCUUUAUCAAGUCGAUCGACGCGAAUCACUUGGUCACCACUGGUAGCGAGGGUGGCUUUAACCGGGUGUCUAGCGACUGGGCAUACAACGGUGCGGACGGUGCUGACUUCGACGCCGAACUCAAGCUGCCCAACAUCGAUUUCAACACAUUCCACUCCUAUCCUCAGGCAUGGAGCAAGACUACUCAGUGGGUUGAGCAGUGGAUCGUCGACCACGCCGAGGCAGCCAACGGAAAGCCUAUUGUCCAUGAAGAAUACGGCUGGACUGACAAGUCGACCCGCGUCAGUGUCUUGAGCAAGUGGCAGGAAGUCUCACUGAAGCACGAGGUGAGCGACAUGUACUGGCAGUUCGGCUACUCGGGAUACUCGUACGGCAAGAACCACGACGACGGAAACACCAUCUACCUUGAGGACGAUGAGGCGCAGCCGUUGGUGUAUCAGCACGCUGCGGCAGUCAACGGCGGCGAAGUGCCGCCCCCAAGCUCGACCACCACCGGAACCACUCCCGGGCCAACUCAGACUGGUGGCCCACGACAGGUUAAAUAUGGACAGUGUGGUGGCUCUGGAUGGACUGGACCAACUCUGUGUGAGUCUGGGUCGACUUGCCAGGUACAGAACCAGUGGUACUCCCAGUGCUUGUAG